AUGGUUGAGUAUUUUUUAUAUAAUUAUGAUCCAUUGGAGCAGCGUAAAAUGUUGGCCGUUAUUAUGGAAAACAGUGGUAUCGGUGACGCCCGCAAUGCCCCAAACUUGGAUCGCCAGGUGGCUGUGUGGAAACGGAUCCUCUUCUCACAGCUUAUCUUCAUUAACUUUUUGGCCAUAAUGGAUCAUAUCUACAACUAUCAGGGAGAAUUCUUUCCCAAAAGGGUGGUGAACUCUGAAAAACUUCCCAAUUGGGCAGAAUGGGUGGCUAACUGGAUCAAUCAGGAUUGUCGUUACAGAUUGGACAACUACUCAGAUGGAAGGAAUCACUUCAAGUUUGGUUCCGUAUUCAUUAGUUUUAUAGGUGAAAUGUCGCCGUACAACAAAAGUGCUCUACUAAUUAUGGAUCUGAUGAUUCCUCUAUUUCAGUACGUUAUGUUUAUUAUGGCUCUUGGCCAAGAGCGCGACACCUUCAAUGCAUCUCUAUACGGUCCAAAUCCAUCUACAACUUCUAUACCUCCUCAACCUUCCAUGUUUGCCAAUUCUGCUGUUCUUCCAUUGGAUGAUUAUCAUUCACCUUACUAUAUGCCUAUCAGAAGUAUUGAUGAUCCUCGUCCUGUCGAACAACUCAUCCGUCGCUUCAGUGUUUGGAAAAUGAUCCUCAAACAAAUUAUUUUCUACUUCAAGGAGACCUCUAUAUUCAAAAAACAGACCUAUCUCGGCAAUAAGGCCAUGUUGGAGAACUUGGAAAUCCUUCGGAAGCAGAAUUCCGGCAAGUUUAAGUUGAAAGGAUCCAAUUUCUCGUCUUCUACAGCCGCUAAGAACUUGAAAAAGAGUAUGAGUACUUCAGAUCUGUCUCAAAUUAGUCAACAACACAUGUAUAUAGACAUGCAACAGCAGCAAUCCGGGUCUGAUCCUUUCAGAGAGUGUACUACAUUGGGUAAGUUCAUCCAGAAGGCUUUCUUACCUCCUGGUGAUCACUCUAUCAUGUCUCUUUCUACUUCAUUAUACAAUAAUCAUGCUGCUUUGGCUGAAAGAGAAUUGAUUACAUACAAUCAACUCACUUUAAAGUUGAUUCCGAGGCUCGAGAACUUGAAGGAAAGUUUGAAUGAUGCCAUUAAGCAGAUGUUCUCUGUAAAGGGCUCUUCUCACUUCAAAACAAGAGAACUAAAGAUAGAAAUAGCCAAGACGGGGGCCAUUUUGAGUGAUUAUAUCAGUUCGGUUGAACUUCUAACCAAGGGAGAGUCGAAAACCAGUUUAGGAACCGUCAUAAAGUUUGACCAUAUCGAUCCAAAGUUUGAUCCAUAUCUGCUCCGGCUUAAGCUUGAUCUACAACUAAAAGACCAGCUUUUCACAGAAGCCCACCUAAAAGAGGCUUAUGCCGAUUUACAGAGGAAAGCCGUUCAGUUAGAAGCUAUUUUGUAUGGAGAAAUGCAGAGCUGCAUGGGAAUUUUCUCCAAUUUGAUCAAUGCUGAGUUGGACACCGUCAAAGACAACCUUGUGGCAGAUCUUUCCGAUGGCUUCUUACGUAAUGGACCAAAUAUUGACUGGGAUUACUUUGUUGCCAACGACAAUUCCCACAAUCUACUCAAUUUGACGGCAAAGCAAUCAUUGGAUAGAGUCAAGCAGAUAAGAAAGAAGUCGGAUGUUGUCUAUCCCUACCAGAUAGAUAAGAUCAGUUCGUGUAUUCUGAGUGGAUACAUGGAAAAGAAAUCAAAGUACUUAAAGAACUAUUCCAAGUUCUACUACGUUCUCACUUUCAACUUCCUACACGAGUUCAAGACAAAAGACAGGAAGCAUGAGACCACUCCUGUUAACUCGUAUUUACUUGAUGAUAUGACAGUGAUGCCUUCAGAUGAUGAUUCACAUAAGUUUGUGAUUAGAAUCCAUCCAAGGGACGAGUCUAAGUCUAAGUACACGUUCAGAUGUCAUUCUGAAGAGGUUGCCAGUCAUUGGUUGGAGUGUUUGGCUGAUUUGUGCAGUUUUUCUUCUCCUCUGGAAAGAAAUAACACGUUGAAUGAAGUUAUGGUGGAGGAGGAGCAGGCACAGCAGGUGGAGGAAGGUCAGCUGCCUUCUAAUUCAUCGAUGGCUCAACAAUCCGUUCAGACGGGUCAGACGGGUCAAACGACUCAGUCCAGCCAGUCAGCUCAAUCAGCUCAAUCAGCUCAAUCCUGCCAGUCGGCUCAGUCCGGCCAGUCGGCUCUUGCAAGCGACUCUAGCAGCAGUAAUAGCCAAAAAGAGAGCUGCUAUGCUGAACGCAAUGAAUCAAGUAGUUCUCUUCAUCUUCCCACCUUCAGAUCUAUCAAACCCACUUCAGAAUGCAGCACUCCAUCAACUACUCCCGGUAGUUCAGAUAUACAGCCCCAAGCUCACCAUAAAAGCUCGGCUAGUAUUAGUGGAUUAUCUAUGGAGAGUCUGAAAGAAAAGGUUAAGCAACAGCAGUUUAAAGCCCAGCUGUCUCGUGCUGGAAAGGCUAGAAUACCAUCAGACGACUCUCCAAAUAGCGAAUUGGGAGAUUACUUCAGCUAUGUGGCUCCUCGGCCAAGAAUGCCUUAUAGAAGGAGCCACAAUGGCAUUCGAAGUCUUUCCCGAUCACCUUCUCCUGUAUUAAUGACCCCACGUCUAUCUGUAACAGGUACGUCCGGUAUUACAUCUCCUCCUUACAAUCUGAUAGAACAGAUGGACUUGGGUGUGGCGGAUCAGGGUAGCAGUGGUUUAGAGAGACGACGAAUGAUACUAGAAUCGAGAUUAAGGACUUCCGGUGGGAUUUCCGGUGGAACUUUCGGUGGGACUCCCGGUGGGACUCCCAGUGUCACUUCCGGUGGCACCAGGGACACCCUCUUAUCUCUUCCCAGCCCUGGAUUGGCCAUGUCACCACCCCUAGAUACACCAGGAACGAUACCUCCAUCAUCAGUCGGUGACGUAUUCAGUCAAUCAAAUAAAUAG